GAGUCUCCUUCAGGUCGUAGAAAGGCUCUGGCUAGCAGCAGCAUCAACAUGAAGCAGUAUGCCAGCCCCAUGCCCACACAGACUGACGUCAAGCUCAAGUUCAAGCCCCUCUCCAAGAAGGUGGUGUCUGCCACGCUACAGUUCUCCCUCUCCUGCAUCUUCCUCCGUGAGGGCAAGGCCACUGACGAGGACAUGCAGAGCCUGGCCAGCCUGAUGAGUAUGAAGCAGGCUGAUAUCGGCAACCUGGAUGACUUUGAGGAGGAGGACGAGGAGAAUGAGGAGAACAGGGCCAACCAGGAGGAGAAGGCUGCUAAGAUCACAGAGAUGGUAAACCAGCUCAAUGCUCUCAGCUGCUUAGCCGGAGACCCUGAGGACUACUUCCUAAAGCUGGCUAGUAAAAGGCCAAGCAGCGCUCAGUCUCCCUCCCAAGAGCUGAUCAGUAAGCUGAACUUCCUGGAGGAGGAUCAGGACACGCCCCCUGCCCUCUGCUCCAAUCCCUUCGAAGAUCCGGCUGAUGAUGUUGAUGACCCCUCCCAUCUGGAACACACCAAUCACUUCAACCCGUUCGGUGAUGAUGAUGAUGAUGGACCCCCCUCCCUGCCCCCCUCCCUCACCCUCCGACAGGACCCAGAGGCCUACUAUGUCCAGGAACCCUCCAACCCCUUCGACGAGGACGAAGUCAACACACACUCGCACACAGAGUACAACCCGUUUGACGAGCCCGACCAGGACCCAGACCUAGUCCCAGACCCCGACCCCCAGGGGCCCCAGCCGGAGGCUCCCAAACCCAGGGGGAGGAAGGGGGUCAGGCCGGUGGAUAUGAACAAGUACCUGUAUGCUGACACCAACCCACCACCAGAGGACCAACUGGAUGAAUCCAACCCGUUCUACGAGCCCCGGACCUCCAGCCCAUCCCGGCCCUCCGGGGGCCCCUCUCCAGACUUCAGUAACCAGAAGAGGAGAGCCCCGCUACCUCCCAGACCUUCAGGCCCCAGCCCCUCGGCCCCCAACACCUUCAGGGAGGGGGCAGAGAGGGAGAGAUUCAUGCCCAGUGGACCCAGUGCCGUGGCAGCUGUGGUGGGGCGAGAGCUGGCCUUCUCCUCCCCUAAGCCCAGUCCUAUCCCGAGCCCAGUGCUUGGAGGGAAGCCCAACGCUAGCCAAUCCCUGCUGGCCUGGUGCCGUGAGGUCACAAAGAAUUACCGCGGAGUCAAGAUCACCAACUUCACCACAUCCUGGAGGAACGGCCUGGCAUUCUGCGCCCUUCUCCAUCACUUCAGACCUGAUUACAUAGACUACAAGACCCUCAAUCCUCAGGAUAUUAAGGAAAACAACAAAAAGGCGUAUGAUGUUUUUGCCAACCUGGGCAUCAGUCGUCUGUUGGAGCCAUCUGACAUGGUUCUGCUGGCCAUCCCUGACAAGCUGACCGUCAUGACGUACCUCUACCAGAUCAGAGCCCACUUCAGUGGAGAGGAACUCAACGUGGUGCAGAUAGAAGCCAACAGCAGCCGCAGUACAUACAAGGUGGGAGACUUCGAGACAGACACCAACGCCUCCAUCGGCCAGGACAAGUUCUAUGCUGAGCUAAACGUCAGUGACGCUAAUGCCCAGACCACUGGAUCCAGUGGGGACGUUAGCAUCGGAGCUAGCGCCACCAAUGGAGCCGUGGGGAAAGAGGAGGAGGAGAUGGAGGUGGUGAGGAAGAGUGAGACUGUAUCUUUCUCCCUCCCUGACUUUGGGGUGUCCCCCUCCUCUCCCAGCUCGCACCCCCUCCCCUUGCCCCGCGCGGCUCUACCCCCCCCACCGCCACAGAGUCCUCCCACCCCAGAGCCGCGCCUCGCUCCCUUGCUACCACACCUCUGGGAGACGAUCGCCGUCAACUACAACUACCCCGAAGGAUGGGAGAGGGAUGGAGCCCCGGACAAAGGGGCCCUAGAUUCAGGGUCCCCUACACGGCAAGGAACCUCGGGCACCCCAGGGGCCUCGCCUCCCUCCUCCCACAAGCUGGGCUUCUCCUACAACCGUGAUGCUGACCUCAUCAAGAAGAAGAGGGCCAGCCUCCGUCACUCUGAGUCUGAGACCGCCUCCGACUGCAGCAACCCCACCCCUGACAACCACGCUGACACGCCCACUAAACAGGAGCCAACGCCCAUCCCCAGCUCCCCAGUGGAAAAGAAGGUGCAGUCUCGGCAGGAAGAGCUGAAGGAAAGAGCCAGGCUUCUCCUGGAGCAGGCCCGGCGGGAUGCUGCCAUGAAGGCCGGUAGCAAGCACACAGCCAAUUCAACUAACUCAGCCCCAGUUAAAACACCACAAGUCACUGACGAGAGAGACGUGGAGCGCCGGAGGCAGCUGAGGGAGAGGGCCAGACAGCUCAUCGCCGAGGCUCGUUCUGGGGUCAAGAUCACAGAGAUGCCCCUUUACGACACGGCCGCUGACCGAGGGAGAGGCAAAACCACCCCUACUGGAGAUGUGUUGGAUGGAGAUGCAGGUGAUGAUAAUGGGGGUGUGAACAGUAAACCCAUGGACUUGAAGCUAAAGAUGAUGGAGGUUCGACCUGGAGGACCCAACUCUUCCUCCUCUCCUUCGUCCUCCUCUUCCUCUCCCUCCUUCUCCUCAUCCACCUCGCCACUCAGCCCCACAGAGAACAAUGCAGAGCGUCUGCGCAGGGCGACAGAGAGACUGCGUGGUCCUGUAGUCUUCAGUCAGGAGCCAGCUGUCAGGAAAACACAGCUGAGGUCCUUCAGCCAGUAUGUGGAGGUCAGGCCAGAGGUAAAGCGUCAGAGAUCAGUACCAGAGGAUCAGAGACGGACGGGCGAGGAGAGAGGACUGGCACCAGACACCGAUGCUCGCAAGCCUUAUGAAGAUGAAAAGGCGUUCAAAGACACCAGUCAGUACGUUGUCGGGGAGCUGUCUGCUCUGGAGAGCGAGCAGCGCCACAUCGACACCCGGGCGGCGCGCGUGGAGAAGAGGCUACGCUAUCUCAUGGACACAGGGAACAGUAAGGAAGAGGAGGAGGCCAUGAUGCAGGAGUGGUUCAUGUUGGUCAACAAGAAGAACGCUCUGAUCAGGAGACAGAACCAACUCUCUCUACUGGAGAAGGAGCACGAUCUGGAGCGACGCUUUGAGCUGCUCAACAGAGAGCUGAGAGCCAUGAUGGCCAUCGAGGACUGGCAGAAGACAGAGGCUCAGAAGAGAAGAGAGCAGCUGCUGCUGGAUGAACUGGUCAUACUGGUCAACAAACGAGACGCGCUGGUCAGAGACCUCGAUGCACAGGAGAAACAGGCGGAGGAGGAAGAUGAACACCUGGAGAGAACCCUAGAGCAGAACAAAGGCAAGAUGGCCAAGAAGGAAGAGAAGUGUGUCCUUCAAUGAUUGUCAUUUCAUUUCACACACACACACACACACACACACACACAGAUAUAUAUAGUCUUCGUCCCAAAUGACACCCUAUAUGUCCUAUAUAUUACUUUGACCAGGGCAACAUAGUGCACUAUAUAGGGAAUAGAGUGCCUUUUGGGACACAGAUACAGACUAUAAUAUUUGUUUGAUCGAUACAAGAAUUGUAUUAUUAUUAUAUUGACUAUUAUUAUUGUAAUUAUUAUUAAUAAUAUACCAUUAUAUUGACAUAUUGUUUUAAUAUACCAUUUCUUGACAUUAUUAUAAUUAUAAUAAUUAUUAUAUUGACAUAUUGUUAUUAAUAUACCAUUAUAUUGACAUUAUUAUAAUUAUUAUUAUUAUAUUGACUAUUUGAGAAACCUGUAUUUUAUGUUUAUUUGAACCCUGAAAUGUAAAUCAUGUUGUUGUUUUUUUGGUCAAGGGCUGUGAUGGUUUUACUGCUAAACUAAAAGCAUGCAUCCUAAAUGCAGCCCUAUUCCAUAUAAAGGGCACUACGUUUGACCAGAGCCCCUCACUAUAUAGGAACCAGGGAGCCAUGUGGGAGGUGUAAAGGCUCUGUAAGGAUGAGACCAUGAUGUCUUGAACCAGCUUUAUACUGACAUGGAAAUGUGUCCUGCUUAUACAACACACUAGAUUGUUUUAAUUUUGUUGUUGUUGCUUUAUCAAGCAAGGUACUUGUAUUUAAUAUACAUAUAAAUGAUGGCAUAUUACAGCCCAGUGAAAACCUACCACGGGAGGGAUUGAAUUUCAUUCAGACACACACAGCCUUCUCUUGGCAGAAUGUUUGGAGACAGAGAUUCCUGUAUAGUGGUUUGGAGGUACAGCAGGCGUUGUUUUAUUGGGGACGUUGGUGAUGAUGGCCAAUGAUAUUAUACUGAUGUCUAUUGUUUCAGUUGGACUUUAAAAACAAACAACAAAAAAAGAGUAUAAUUCACGAGAUCAGUAUUUUCAAUCUAUGUUUAUUACUUGACUGUGUGUAAUGUUUUAACGGUAAUAUCUCAAGAUGCAGUUCAUAAACCGAAAAACUGUUAUGAUUUUUUUUUUUAGUUCGCUUGAAUGCGGUUAACCAAACAUUUCAGAAGAAGAGCUGUCUCGGUGAUAAGGAGAGGGGGGUAAGGGGGAGGGACGGAGGAAGAGUAGAGGGGUAAGGAGCAGAGCUGAGGCGGGGGUCGUGUCCAACAUUUUGUAUAUUUCAUCACCGCUCUGACAACGGCAUACAAAAAACUUUUUUUUUCCCGGAUCAAUUCCGCAAGCAGUUGAAAGCAAAGAAAGCAGAAUAACUUUUAUUUAAUUGCCGUUUUAUAGUCGGUAGUAGGAAUUCUACGGGCUAUACGUGUUAUUAGUGAACCAGCAACACGACACAACCAUGUCAUAUUCUUGCAUUUCUUGCUUUUUAAUCAAAAGGGCGUUUUGUUUAUAUUUAUUGUACACAUACUGAAGAAGAGAUCAUGUGUUGCUUUUAUUUGUGCUUCGAUCUCCUGGUUCCAACAAUAGAAAUGUAAUUAUCAGAAAGGGCAUAUAGCCCAUCAGAUCAUUCUAGUAGUUAUAUUUCUAUCGGUUCCACUACAUCCGAAUGCAGCUGCUGUCUGAAACGUGUGAACAUGUACCUGUGUGAUUAUUUAUUCCACUGUCAUAACACAAGUCUUCAAUAAAGUCCGAAACUUUCAUACUCCA